AUGGAAUACCUGAAGAUUGUCCCGCUCUUGUUGCUGGGCAUUUGCGUGGUGCUGUGUGGUGCAGUGGAGCAGCAAGAAGUGCUGUCUGUGGUUCAGGAAAAGGAGCCGCAGGAGCCACAGGUGGUGUCGGAGUCACAGACGGAGCCGGAGUCAGAGGUGGUGCAGGAAACACUGGUGGUGCAGGAACCACAAAUGGAGCUGCUAACAUCUGGCGAUAGUUCUCAAACGGAUGUGGUUGCAAAUGCCACAGCGGAUGCUGAUGACACUGAGGGCGGUGCUCGCAAAGUACGCCAAUACUUUGGCCCACCACCGCCGCUCUUCUACGGUGGACUACCGCCACCCUACUAUGGAGGAGGUGGAUUUGGUGGCUUUGGCGGUGGCUAUGGUGGCUUCGGCGGCGGCUACGGCUUUCAGCGCACUCGUGUGGUUACGCGCACGCGCUAUCGCGGUCGCUACGGUGGCUUCGGUGGUGGCUUCGGAGGCGUCGGCUUCUACGGCUAA